CCUAUCCAUUUUACAGUAAUCCAGCAAUCGCCAAAUUCGCCAUCACCAUCGGGAGCGGACCCUAACCUCUCGGUCCUGUGAGUUGUGAGUCACUGAGUUGAGUUGUGGCGUUCGGACUUGGUAGUUGGCACUAAAGUAAAGAGAGAUGCUUUGUGGUGCGAGAACUCUACGGUCACUCUCCUCUACUGCUCCCUCCUCCUUGUUCUUCAAGCCCAAGCCCCUUCCUUCUUUUCCUGUCAAAACCAUCUGCUGUUCGUCUUCAAUUCUUCCCGCCAAAAUGACCAUUGAACACAUAGUUCUCUUCAAAGUCAAGGACAACACCGAGCCUUCCAAGAUCAACGCCAUGAUCGGUGGUUUGAACGCCCUCACCUCUCUCGACCAGGUUCUUCACCUGUCCGCCGGACCCAUCUACAGAAACCGAUCUUCGGCCCUCAACUUCACCCAUAUGUUGCACAGUAGGUACAGAACCAAGGAGGAUCUCGCCGGCUAUUCUGCGCAUCCCAAGCAUUUGACCGUCGUGAAAGACUCCGUUUUGCCCAUAUGCGAAGACGUCAUGGCCGUUGAUUGGGUGGCCGAUGAUCUCGAUGGCCCGAUUGUUCCCUCGCCUGGCUCUGUCAUGCGGGUGACUUUUCUAAAGUUGAAGGAGGGCUUGGGAGACGGAGUGAAGGGAGAGGUUUUGGGAGCUGUUGGAGCUGUUAAGGACUAUGUUGGUUCGAUUGACCAGUUUAGUUUCGGCGAGAAUUUCUCCCCUGCGAGGGCAAAGGGGUUUUCAAUUGCUUCGCUUUCUAUUUUGCCUGGAUCAAGUGAAUUGGAUGCUCUGGAUUCGAAUGAGGAGGCGGCGAAAGUGCACAAGGAGAAGGUUGGGGAUUCACUGGACAGUGUGGUCGUGGUUGAUUAUGUUAUCCCGCCGCCACAGUCUGCUAACCUUUGAUUGAUGACUUUCGACGAUCAGGGAGAACCCCGUGAGCCUUGUAUAAGCAAAACCAUCCUCUUUGGUUUCGAACGUCAAUCUGAGACUGAGACUGAGAAGAGGACUAUUUGAUAUCCGACGAUUAGUGCUUUGCAUUUUCAGGAGAUGACUUAAAUUCUAUCAUAACGGAAAGACAUGAAUGAUAUCGGAAGAGCUUUGACCAAACAAAGCACCCCGUGAAUUUUGAUAAUGCCAGUUGAUUUGCUGUGAGUUUUUCCGAUAUUA